AUGUUAUUAAAUUGUACAUUAUUGGAUGGUUCACAGAGAUUUUUUUGUCGCGAAGUACAGUCGAAUUUGCCCUUUAAAAGUGGUGCAUAUAGAAAUAAUUGUGAUACACUUGAACGAUUAUGUGAAUUUAUCGAAAAUACAAUUCAAGUUCAUGAGCACAAACGAUUUAUUAUUAUCGUUAUGCAAAAUGCAGAAGCAUUAUGUAAAUUCCCAACACACAAAGGUUCGCUGAAAUUUAUUACUGUUUCCACACUUCCAUGGCACAAAUUUGAAACUUGUGAACAUACUUCAAGUCCAGCUCAAUUUGCAUUUCCUGGUUUCUCAAAAGAUGAUAUUCUAAAUAUUUUAUGUCAAAAGUUGCCACAUAAUCGAUUAUAUCUAAAGCUUUUACUGGAUACUGUAUAUAUAACUUGUCGCGAUCCUGACCGGCUUGUGCAUUUGAUCGGCAAAAAGUGGAAUUCAAAAUCAUUUAAUAAAUUAAUAGAUUCUGAUAACUCAAAAUAUACAACACUGUUGCCAGAACUGAAAAGGUUUUCUAAUUAUCUUUUCUAUGGAAUUGAUGAAAGUCUUAAGGUGAAUGAAGUUGAAUUUAUUGAUGUGCCAUAUAGCACUAAAUUUGUAUUGUUAGCUUCAUAUUGUGCCAGCUAUAAUCCUUCUUCGAGUGAUUGUCAAUUUUUCACCAAAAACCAUAGAAAACAACGGCGGAAAGCUUUUCAACGAAUAAAAAAGGAUGCGGCACAUGAAAGUGGACCAAAAUCAUUUGAGCUUCAGCGAUUAAUUUUUAUAUAUUUAGCUUUAAUUGAUUUGUAUGGAGACAAAAGUCGCGCAAAUGGUGAUGUUCGAUUAGCAGUUAAUAUUUCAAUAUUAACUUUUGUAUGUGAUUUAAUUGCGAUGGGAUGCUUAGGACGAAUUUCUGCGGAUGGAAAUAUCGAUAUACCGAAAUUCAAAUGCUUGGCAUCUUUCGAAACAGUCAAUCAUCUGUCAAAUUCACUUGGUAUUGUUCUACGCGAUCAUUUGUAUGAUUUUGCUAUAGGAUGA